AUGGCUACGGUAGGGCAGAUCCAUGUACAUGAUGUUUUCAUGUGUCCUAUUUGUUUAGAAACACUAAAGUCACCGAAAAGUUUACCAUGUUUACAUACCUUUUGUGAAACAUGCAUUGGUGAAUUUAUUUUAUCGACUGAACAACGCGCAGAACAAAAACUUUCCAACUACCGCUGUCCUAUUUGUAGGACAGUUGUUACACCCAACAACCCAGGAGACGAAGCAUCACAAUGGGCAGCAUCACUCCCUCAUAAUUUUAAAAUUUCGUCAUUAAUGGAUAACUCAAAGCGUGUCAAACGGAAUUGUCAUCUCUGUAAAAGGCGAGACAAAAUUUCCGAGGCAACACAAUGGUGUCGAGAUUGCAUGGAAGCGUUGUGUGAGGAAUGCUUGCAAUUCCACGGCAUUAUGAAGCUUUCUGCUCACCACAAAAUUGUGAAGAUUGAAGAAAUGGACACUGCCUCUUCCGGUGUAGACGAGCCAAAUCUCAGUAUGAUAUCCGAUUCGUGUCCAGUUCACACUUCAAAAGUUUUGGAAGCUUUCUGUUUUGAACAUCAAGAACUUUGUUGUCUUCUUUGCCUUACUUUACAUCAUAGAAAAUGCGAACACGUGCAAGCUAUUGAAGAAAUGCAAAACCUGAAAAAUGUCAAAAUGAGCAUGCUCUUGUCUGAAGUAAAUGCCAUAAAAGUGAAAGUUGAAAAGGUAAUGAAAGAAAAGAAUGGUGAAAAAGAAAAACUUGACAUUUCUUUUACCGAAAUUGAAGCAGAGGCCAACCAAAUUAUUUCAACAUUAAAAGAUAAACUAGACAGUUUGCUAGCUUUGUUUAUAAAGGGACUGAACAUGUCUCGUGAGGAAUCGGAAGACGCAUUCGAGAACAAACUGAAAACAUUUGAAAAACUUUCAAAAUAUUUUGAUAAGUUAGAGUGUACAACAAAAAAGGUCAAGGAGCAUGGCACAUUAAACCAAAUGUUUAUCCAUUUUGAAAAAUCAAAAAUCGAAAUAAAGUCUGUUUUGACGGGAGCAAGUUCAGUUUUAAAUACAAGUUCGAUUUCUGAAGCUAGAUUAGUUAAAAGUGCAAAACUAGAUCAAGUUGAAAAUAUCGAUGGUCUUUUUGAGCUCGAAUCAAUAAAAACAAUUCUAGUCGACCAUAACGCGUUUGUCAAACAGUUAUUUCCAUCAGGAAGUUCUGUUCUUUCCAAAACAGAUCCUCUAAGCAGUUUUGACUGUAUUUUGUUAAAACACAUUAAGACUAUAGCUUUAAAAGGUUUUGAUGUAUAUGGAGGCGUUUUUGUGUCAGAUGAAGUAAUUGUCGCUGGUGGAAUAGUGGAAGGGUUUGUUGGAAAAAUACAGGCUAUAAAUAUUUUGGAUAAACGAAUUGUUGACGAAUAUAUUUUGCCGACAUUAGUUAAAAGACUUGCAUUCGAUUUCGAAAGCGAGUCCCUGUUUCUUUCUUGCUACGGAUCAAACAUGUAUCGUUUCAAAUUUUUCAAUGCAUUUCACUCUGAAAUGAACAUUGAAGAUAACAAUCAAAGAAAUGGAGGCAUAUGUAUAUCUGAGGGAACAUUAUAUGUAAUAGUUGAAGAAACUGUCCAAAAAACAAGCCUUAAAAAUGUACAACCAUUUAAGAAGUGUUUUGAAACUAACACAAGUUGUCGUAACCUCAACGGACUUGAAAUUGAUUCUAAGAAUAAUCAUCUGCUAUACACCUCGGACAAUUCUGAAGUAGUGUGUACAUCGUUUGAUGGAGAUGAAAUUUUCAAGUACAAAAAUGAGUUCAUGGAGGAAACAACAAGUGUAUCUGUUCAUUUAUCAUAUUUGUAUGCGAUGAAACUGGACUAA